GAACUUCUGGAGGAAACAUUGUUUCUUUCUACAAUUUCCAAAAAUUACGCAAAAUAAAACAUCAUUACUUUUACGAGACGUGUUUGUUCAUUAGUAGCACAAUUUCUAACUGAUUUACAUUCGUUUUUACAUAGAAAAUGUAUGUUGACUCCAUAUUGACGUUGAGGUUUUACGAUUUGACUUUUCUUAGCGGAUGUACAAUCAUCGCGAAUUGAACUAUGGGGCGUUUCAGGCCCCGAAGUGAACAUAAUUGUAUACUCGCAAACUCCAUUAAAACUAGGGCUGAGGGGCUUACGUUGUAAACUUCCCUUGUUUGGACCGAAGACAGAUAUGCCGGCGAGGAUUCCCCAAUGACAUAAGGCAGGGAGUGCAUCUACAUUUGGAAGUUGUCAAUAUGUUCUCUGAGGAAGAGCAGACAUCCCCUACAUCCUCCUCUUCAUCGCCACCUCCAUCCUCCCACUUCAUCGGGAGGAAAGAAGACGUUGUCCAGGCCAAACGUGUCACCAAGCUGGUGGGCGGGAGGGACGUGCUGGUUCUGUGCCACCAGGGCAAGCUCCACGCCAUGGACAUGCGCUGCUACCAUACCGGUGGACCACUGCAGGAGGGAGAUAUCGAGGAUUUUGAUGGCCGGAUGUGCAUCGUGUGUCCGUGGCACAAGUACAAGAUCACGCUGGCGGAAGGCGAGGGGCUGUACCAGGCGGUGAACCCCUCGGCUACACCUCCUAAACCCACCUGGCGCUCCAAAGGGGUCAAACAGAGGAUUCACCAGGUCACAGAGGUCAACAGGGAUGUGUAUGUCACAUUUAAUGACUCGCCGGACACCAUUGACUCUGACUUCUACCAGACAGAGAGAUACAGGGCCACUAUAAAUAAGGCCCAACCCAAGACAAAGAAAUUACUUGAGAAGGUGACGAGCAGGAAAGUGUAAGGAUUUGGGCCAUUUUGGUUGGGGGGAAACCCCUAGUUAUACUAAAUGUGUCUUUCGUUAGCACCGUGGAAUAGUAAACGGGUGGUGCAGGCACACAGCGGACUAAGUACUUCCCUAUCACCAGCUCAAAGUGUAAUCUCUGGGUUAUCCUUUCGUAUCCUCCAGUGCACUAACUGAGCUCAAUCUCUAUCUUUUCCAAGUUUUCAAAUUUGUACACACUUAAAUAUGUGUUUAAAGAUUUUCUGUUUUUCUACA